CACCGUUUCUCACGUCAGCCUCCGGGCACACUCGCUCUCUCCAACCGCGGCAGCUUGGGCGAUAGACGGGGAGACAUUUCCAGACCCCCGGCGGGUUCCUGAGAAUCUAACACAAGAAGAAACGGCGUAUUUUGAACAAACACCGCUUUCCACGUCUUUUUUCUGGGUUUAAAUCCUCGUCUUUUCCCGUCUCCUCCGCUGGAAUGGCAAACCGUUAAAACGUGCCACCAACUACUACGACCUUCCACCUGCGAAUGGAAAACACCUUUAGUUGUGCCACUGACAGACAAUAAUAAAUAAUUUUACUCCAAGACAGCUGGGGAAGGAUUUUUAAUUCAACAGAAGCCAUUUUGUAAAGCUCACAUAGCUGAAGGCGACGCACAGAAGACGGGCGAACAACCUGUUAGCUUCUCCCCGCGGAACCCAACGCAAAAGCCCCAUUCCUCCAGCUAGCAUCAUCGCGCUCCACUUCUACCAACUUACAGUUAAUUUAUCCUGUUUUAAUCAUCAUUGCCACACAUCAUUUGCAAUAUUUUCUACAGAGGUGGUCAUGAAAGGCUGCGCGGACCCUGUGGCGACCUCCCGGGAAGGCUGAAGUUCGAGUGAAAAGGGAGGAGGAGGAGAAGAAGUGAAGAAGGUCGAGGAGGUGUUAGUGCGUCUGCGGGGAGAAGGGCAACAGCAUGACCGCGGCCGUGCACCUGUCCGCCGGGAUGCUGCUGCUGCUGCUGACCUCCUGCCUCGCUGGGGACCUGGUGGUGGCAACGGCCCCGGCAGCUCCAGUGAACGUAUCUGUGUCCCAGCUGAGAGCCGACUCUGCUCUGGUCACCUGGAGCAUUCCACAGGGAGACACUGUCAUCGGAUACGCCCUUUCGCAACAGAGACAGGAUGGACUCAUGCAACGCUCCAUUCGAGAGGUCAACACGUCCAGCCACUGGUGCAUGCUUUGGGACCUGGACGAAGAUACACACUACAGUGUACAGGUGCAAUCCGUGGGCACACAGGGGGACAGCCAGCCCAGCAGAGCGGUGCAUUUCAGGACCCUGGAGAGGAGCGACCACUACCCUGUCGGAGUCCACGACCACCACCAUGAACCAGCGAUGGAGGGUCUGGGGAUGACGCCUCACCUACAGACAGGGGAGCUACUCAUCAUCACCACUGUACUGCUGCUGUGGGCUGCCGUCAUCGCCCUGUUCUGCCGGCAGUACGACAUCAUCAAAGACAACGACUCCAACGGCACCAAGGAGAAGGGCAAACGGCUGCGCUCAUCCUCGUCCUACUACAACGGCUCCACGGGCAGUUCCCCCAUCUACCACAACGGGGCAGUGCGGAGCAGCAGGCUUCACCGAGCCUCCUCCUCGAUCAGCAUCAUCCGAGUUUGAACUAAAAUCCUCAGAUGUCAGAAUUGAAAGUUGUUGUUCACUGUGAAACGACCAGGAGCUUUUUUUCUGCCUAAACAACUUACUGAACGCUGAAAAGUUGUGGCCAUAAAAAUGAUAUUGUGAUAUGUGCUGUAAUAUAAGGACAGAGCAAGUCAUAUUUAGAGGAUAAUUCUCAAAAUGGUGUGAGACUGCCACCUUCAGGAUACAAACUGUACUGCAACUACUGUAACUGCAGAGGACACAAGACUGAAUGAUGUCAACCACUGUACAUAUUUUUGACUGUUGAAUAUUUGCAUGUUGUUGUAAUUUUUUACUAACAAAUGGUGUAAAUUUCCAUGCCAGAAAUGACAAGUAUUUCUUAAUAUCUGCUAACCUACUUGGUCAUUUAAAGGUGUAUUAUGUAACUUUUCUGGUAGAGGUUUUGCCACUUGCUUUUCUUCAUUCAGAUGUUUUGCUUUGCCUAAAUGAUCUAGUAUGGCAUUGAACAUAUCUAUCUCAUGGAGACAAGCAAGUGAUACCACCAGGCCAAGUUGAAGGUCAGAUUUGUGGAGAGCUAUUUUCAAGCAAUAAAAGCAUUAAGUAAAUGCUUGAUAGAAAUGUUUAAUGCCUUUCUAUGGAACAUUCAAGUCAUAUUAAUAUCAUACACAUGACGAAAAGCAGGUAACUUGCCCCCUAGCUGAAAAAGUGACAUAGUGCAACUUUAUUUCAAAACCACUCUCAUCUUUUAAUAGCGCAUUAAUUGUUUGUAUGAAUAUUUUUUAUAAUAUGGUACACUCCCAUUACUGAUAGAUGGUCUAAUAUAAAUAGUUCUAAGAGAAACAGGCUACUUAUAUAGAAAUUAUGGAGAGAGGGAUUUAUUGGGACCAGUAAUGUCAAAACAUUUAGAGUAUAAUUCCAGCUUACUGUCAAAUGUGUCCAGAUUUCCAUUUUAGGGUUAGAAGAAUGCUGAAGAGGAAGACCAAAGACAGGAUUCCGUUUCAAAAAUAUAUUUAUAUAUUUGAAAUGCAUUGGUAUAAAACUGAUUUACAGUAACCAAAUCUCAACUACAUGUUUAGCACUUACCCCAAAGGUUUGUGCUCCUCUCAACCAUUUGUUAUAAUUUAUUCUUUAUUUAGCUGAGUCCUGGCUCCAGAUAGGACCCUAUUGUACGUGAUUGACUGGUAUGGAAAACACAGGAAUAACAUGCAAACUCCACACAGAAAGUACCCAUCUGGCCCAGGAAUCGGACCCAGGACCUUCUUGCUUUGAGGCUGAAGAACUAACAAGUCUGCCACUGUGAUUUUAUGGAGUUGCCUGCUAUAUCGAUGUGUAUAUUAUUUUUAAGAGUUAAAAUGUUUCUUUCACUGUAAUUGAAAUGGUGUAGAGUAUCUUUGUUCACUGUAAAAUUCAAAUCAAAAGGAUUAUGUGGAGAAGUCAGUAUUCAGUUAUAAUAAAUAUAUUUUACAGG